AUAUUUAGCACCAUUGAAUUCAUGAUCAGGAUAAGCAUAUCACUACUGUUAUUAUUAUGCGAGUGUGAUCAAAGCGCGAGCUAUAUAUAAUUUUGUAUGACCUGAAAACGGGAAAGACCACCUCCCCCCACCCCCGAUCCGUGCACCCCUGCAUACAUACCCAGACAGGAGCGCAUUCAAUUCAAUUAGGUAAUACUGCUGAUUCAUUCUCACUGUCGGCGGCAUAGCCAGCUCAAGCUUCGCCUCUGAAUGCUAUCUUCCUGUUUAUAGAGCUAACAAUGAUCUUCGUGAUCAUUACAUUGUUGUUGUCGAUUGACCCAUUUCGAGUACGCAUACACAAGCUGUCAGUGCAUCAUCAGCAUCGCUUGGUACAAUAGAGUUCUGCCAUUCUCGAUCUCGGUGUAUAAGUGAAAGCUUAGUGAAAAAAAACUCAUCAUGAUUGACCUGCUUGGAGGUGGAGAGUCCAGCUUUGGUCAGCUGAAUGCCUUGACCAUCACAGCAACCCUUGGAGUGGUCACUGCUACUCUGGCCCUGUGGACCAUGAUGAGACCAAAGGGGUUCCCACCUGGUCCCAGGGGUCUACCUAUUGUUGGCAGCAUAUUCAGUAUGAACGAUUCUCCCGAGGUGGUCUUUGGUAAAUGGUCUAAGCAGUACGGUGAUAUCUUCGGUUUUAAGGUCGGGGAAAGAUGGAUGGUCGUUAUCAACCGACAAGCUUUGAUCAAAGAAGCCGUACUCAAACAGGGAGUAGACUUUGCCGAUCGUCCUGAUUUCUAUUCUAUGGAUAUUUUCACGGAAGGAUAUAAAGACAUCGCAUUCAGUCCAUACAGUGAGACAUGGAAACUUCAUCGCAAGUUGGCUCAUUCUGCUCUCAGGCACUUUGCAACCGGCAAACCGCUCCAGGAUUUGAUCUCUAGUGUCUAUCCAAAGAUUGAAAGGUAUCUCGCCGAGAAGGAAGGUAAACCGGUGGACCCUAAGCUUCUCCUCACUCUUCUCAUGUACAAUGUUCUUACACAGAUGUGCUUUGGGACAAGUUACGAGUUGGAAUCCCCCGUUGUUGUAAAAUGGGUGAAAAUGGCUGACGAAUUCAAUGAACAAUUCGGUCUGGGUCUAGCCGCGGAUUUCUUCCCUUGGGCCAAAUACGUUCCCUCAAGUGGGCCACGAUUUAUCAAGAAUAGCUCAAAAGGGUUCUUCGCUAUGAUGCGUGCACUGGCUGACGAGUCUAGAAAAAAAUACGAUUCAGAGAACAUCAAUGAUUUCUACAGUCUGCUACUCAAAGCCCAGGAUGAUGCGAGGAAAGAAGGAGAAAAUGUAGAUAAACUGACAGAUACCCACAUCUUCCAGACGAUUCUAGACAUCUUUUCAGCUGGCACCCAGACCACUAUUGAGACUCUGUACUGGGCCAUGGCUUUGCUUGUGACCUACCCAGAAUUCCAGAAAAAGGUCCAGACCGAGAUCGAUGAUGUCAUCGGCCGUGAUCGUCUACCUACCAUCAAUGACCGCGGGAAACUCCCUCACACGGAGGCCACUCUCUACGAAGUGAUGCGGUACAGUAGUAUUUUGCCCACUGCAGUGCCUCGCGCUACUACAAGAGAUACCACACUUGGAGGCUAUUCCAUCCCCAAGGGUGCGGUUGUGAUGAUCAAUACCUACUCCAUGCACUAUGAUCCUCAAGAAUGGGACCAACCAGACAAGUUUCUUCCAGAUCACUUCCUCAGUAGCAGUGGCACAGUUCGUGAUCACCCUCCAAGCUUUCUACCCUUUGGAGCAGGACGUCGUGGUUGUCUUGGUGAAGCCGUAGCCAAGGCUGAUCUCUUCCUGAUCUUCACAUGGUUCAUGCAGAACUAUACCUUCAGCAGGGUUCCUGGAAAGGAGUCCGAAGACAUCUUGAAGAUGAUUCCUCAGACAGCUUCUGGGAGACUUCUGCGGCCUUAUGAGAUCAUGAUCAACAAGCGUGACUAAUAAAGGUUCUUUAACUUGCUCUAAGUCUAAUGGAGAACAAUGAAUAUUUUAUUGUAGAUGAAUACUUGGGUACCUGAAUAUCAUGGUAGUUCCCAGUCCUACUGGUAGAUUGUCUGAAUACUGUAUACUACGUUAUCAUAAAAAUUCAUCUGUAUUUAAAAUUCAGCUUUUGAUAUCAUAUUUUUAGUUUAGAACGAUUUCCGGCGUGAUCGUUUGUUCUUUUUCUAAGUCUUUCCAUCGGGUCAUUUUCCUGUUUUAAUGUGCUAUUUUAUGUAUAUGUAUUAUACGGUCAUGGUAAAGAUUAAUCUACGAUUCUAACAUGGUAUACGGUGCAACGCAUUGUAGUAGUCCUUCAAGAAGACUGUAACAUACUUUGUAACAUAGUAUGUAUGAUUUCGUCAUAAAAGUUCUGUCUGGAUUAAGACUGGUUAAGUUUGGAUUGAUGUUAUUUAACAGAUUGAAAUAUCAUAGUCCAUACAUGUAGUGAUUGAGAGGAAUCAUCAUUUCGGGGAAAUCGACUCUCUGUCAUUUCAGAUAGGAUAGCAUUAUAAUAAGUUCACUCCAUUUCAUUCUAGAAUCCACUCAAUAACAAAGGAGUCCCAUGUUAUUCGCGAUACGUAAAUGAUUAAAAAAAAUCACGGAAAGCCCAAUAGCCUUUUCAGCCACUAAACCAUGUUGCCUCGACUCAAGGGUAUCUACAGAAAUGUAUGAUUUAUGGAUCGUUGUGGCCCAGUGGAUUACUCUCCGGACUUUGAAACAGAGGGUCGUGGGUUCGAAUCCCAGUGAUGGCAUAAUUUACUUCAAUAAGAAAUUAAUCCACAUUGUGUUGCGCUCAACCCAGGUGAGGUGAAUGGGUACCUGGCAGGAAUGAAUUCCUUGAAAUUCUUAGUGCUCGGUAAAGGUUGCCAGACUAAAGCACGGGCGGCGCGUAUUUUCGCUAAAGGAAAAACAAAACAAAAUGGACACUUAUAAAUAUAUCCAAAUGGGCAUUUGGAUGCAAACAGAUAUUUUCACCAUCAGAUUAAGUUUUGCCUGAAUAGCAGUGUGUUUCUUGGUAAUUAAGUUGAAUAAAACAUUUUUGAAGGAAAUAUAUUACAUAAUGAAAUAUAUCGAUAAGCCUCAACUGCAUGCCGGAUUUAGAUCUACUGUGAUAUUUUAUUCACAAGUAACCUUGGCAUGAUAGACUUUCCAAUGAAAUCAGUGUUUACUGGAACUACUUGCAUUUAUCUUUAAGAAAUCCUUGGGCAUGAGAGGUGUUCUGAACUCGUUUUAUGAAUACGACAAAGUAGAUUCUACCCCCGUUUGACACAACAAAUCGUCUCUUCGAUUAGAUGACCCCCACACAAACACCACUAAUGAGGGCCGCUUUAGGUAAGCGUGCAUGCUCUCACAGGAUGAAAAAAAAGCUUCAGACUUUUCUUUUAAAAAAUAACUUACGGUUCUCACAGAACUUUCACACGCAUUAGUAAAUAUGCCAAAAAUAUAAGAAAAAAUUGACACGACACAAUCGACAUAUACUAAAUUAAGUUUAAACAGACAAACUGUAACAACAAUAAUAACAUUUUUAAUUUUAAAUUUUAAAUUAAAAUUUUUUAUUGUUAAAUUGGAAUCACUUAUUUUGGUUAAGAAAUAAGUUUGAGUGCAAUUUUCUAGAUUUUUUUUCUGCAAAAACAGCUAUCCCUCAUAACUUGAAGAGAGAUCUCCCUAAAUGAGGUAAUUCUUGCUCCUUAGGAGACAUAGAUUAAAGACAAUGAAAUUGGCGAGUGUCUGUGGGUAUAUUCGUAGAUUGAGUAUUAAACAAAAUAAUGUUUAUCCCGAAAUUGAUCAGAUUUAUACAAAUUGUAUAUUUUUAGGGUUCCGACUAAUACAGUUUUGCUUCUCAGGGGUACUGGCCAUUAUGUACCUUGUAUUUGAUUUAAGACUCUUAUGUUAUCUUUUGUAUUAUAUUUUGUAGUAUGUCUUUUCUGUAUGAUAUUUUGAUGUUUUUAAUGGUCAAUCGAUUUAAUUGAAAUUGAAAAAUAAAUGGAAUACUCAACGCUCCAAAGUUAGAUUGGGCCUAAAUAUAUUUUUACAUAUCAAUUAUUGUUUAUCAACACGUAUACUGAUUGUUUCUAAUUCAACGAAAUUCACCGGAUACCUGGUGUGCAAAAACAUUUUAAAUAUGAUCAUUUUCCACAUCAUAUUUAUGCACAUGAUCUAAUGAAUAUGAGGAAAUCAUACAACAUUUUGGGAUUACUCAGUUACCUGAUGUUUUUUUGUGGAUGUAUAACACUUAUUUGAGAAGUUAAAGUUACUGUAGUAAAACAAGGAUUUUGUGGAAAUUAAUUUCCUUAUUGUUUUAGUGGCCCAAACAUGGAGUAGUAUGCGUGUGCAUCGCUUUUUAACCGAAAGAAAAAGGCUCUAUAUCAGUUGUGCAAAGAUGGAGGAAGAGGCCUUGGGCGCGUUCCCCCCCCCCCCUUCCCCCUCCCGAAUUUUUCACGAACGAGAAAAAAAAAGGAAAAAGAGAAUGGUGAAAUACGAUAUCAUUUUCUGAAAAUUAUGUCAAAAUCUAUCAGAAAUUUGAUUUUUGUAGCUUAAAGAAUGUCGACAUUUUCGCUUGCUUGCAGCUUUUUAUAGAUUUUGCCCCAUUCGCCAUAUCUGGCCCCCUCAAAAAUUUUGGAUGAUUACACCACUGCUCUAUAUCAAAUGACUAUUUAAAUGGAUUGGAUUUUAUACCAUAUAUAUAUUUCCAGCAAUUGCAAAUAUAUGAUGGAUCAUCAUUAAAUGCUUUUAAAUAUAUGUUGAACUUUUAUGUCUGUGUUGAACAAUGAAUUUAUGUGAAUUUGUAUCAUUUAAUAAAAGAUGGAGAAACAUGA